GUCUCCUGCAGGGGAUUAUUUUCCCAUAUAUUAGUAUAUUUGGCAAGAGAAGGGAAAUGAAGAAGUCUUUGGAACGUGGAGCUAAGAAACGACACCACAACCCAGUGGACAGCAUCUGCAAGAAGAUCAAAUCCAUCCAAAUGAUGGACCAAGUCUCCAACCCGGCUUUGCAGAUACCAAAAUUUCAGUCGCGGAACUUCGACAGCCCACAGAGCAAUACUAAAAAAAACCUGGAAGAAAUACUGAAAGGGAGAACCUGCAGAAGCCAGGAGAGCACUUGCUCACCCCUGGCCAGCCCUGGCAGCGACAACAUUUUCGUUGUAGACUUGCCUUGUCCCACCUCUGACUCCUGCCCUGCGAACGCCACCUUCUCAAUCCUUAAAAGCGCCGAGAGACCCAGCAGCUCGUGGAUGCCUCACUGUCCCACAGACAAUUCUUCUCCUUUCUGCUUUGGACCCAGGGAGGCCAAUGCCCAGAACAAACCUUCAGCAAGUGCUGAACCUAAAGAUGUGCGGCCCAAGCAGAAGUAUCUGACGUCAAGUCCAAAUGUGUAUUUCUUCCCAUCUGAAAAAAAGCCAGAAAGUGCUGUGGUCCAACCUUCUGUGCCAAAGACACUUCCCUCAAGGGAAAGAGGAGGGAGGCAGAGUGUGGGGUACAAGGCUGACAGCAUGUACGAUGUGAGCCUGAUCUGUGAAGAGGACCUGCUGACCACCAUCUUCUGUGCAUGUGACAUCCACUGCACAGGAAAAGUGGCAGUGUCCAAGAUAGUUGAUUAUUUGAGACAUACAACCAGCAGGGGAUCAGAGGACAGUGGCCUUGAAGAGCUGUGCAACAUGCUGGACCCCGAGCACAAAGACAUCUCCAUGGACCUGGAAACGUAUCACGCUGUCAUGGGAGAUUGGAUUGAAGACUGUAAGAGAAAAGGGGAAGAAAGUGCUACUGAGGGAUCAUCAGCAAGCAUGGAAGACCUGGAGUUUCAAGCACCUAAAAUCAUCUCUGAAGCCAAAAAGACUCAUGCCAGGAUGAAUGUUACCUCAGGAAGCCUGGAGGCCUUUGGGGGUGAUGUGUCUAAAGGAGACAUGGAGACCUCUGACUUGAUAACCUGCGUUGCUGACCUGCAGUACAACAACCAGAAGCUUCAGGAAGAGAACAACAAGCUGAAGGUCACCCUGGAAGCUGUGGAUGAGACCAACAGCAAGCUCCUGGCAGAUAACGAGAAUCUACGUCAGCAAUUAAAGAGUGUCCAGCAGUCUGUGUUGAAAGCCAAAUCCCUGGAAGAAGAGCUGGAGGAAGCAAGAAACAACGUGAACGUGUCAGAAGAGAAGAGAGAGCAGGUUCUUUUGCAGAACAAGCAGCUAGAAAAAGAAAACCAGUCUCUCAACAUCAAAGUUACUUCUCUCCAGGAAGAGAUUAUUAAGAAUAGAAUGGACAACGAUGGGCUGCAGAAGAAGCUUUUGGAGCUGUCUAAAAACACAGCACAACUUCAAAUCCAAGCCCAUGUCUAUGAGAGCACUGUGGUGAAUAAAGAGGCAAGCCUGAUCCAGAAGGAACAGGACAUCAAGGAACUGAAGUUAGCCAUUGUGGAGUGUUCCUCAAUAAUAGAGACACUGCGGGCUGAAAAAAACAAACUGCUGGAGAACAUCCAACACAUGCAGCAAGAGCUGAUCUCGAAUGGGUUGAGUUUCCCAUUGCUGUAUAAAUUUAACAGCAAUAUUCCUGAAGGGAUGAAUUCACUGCACUGCGAACUGGAGCUUGCUCAGUCUUCUGAGAUGAUCAGGACUGAAUGGACAUCCCUGGAUGAAACACUGGACCGUGAAGUGCUGCUUUUGCUCCAGGGGCCUGAAUAUGCAGGAGAAAAAUUCAAGACUAUCAUGCAAAAACUGCAAGAGCAAGCCUCUGAAGCAGAGGAGCUUGUCAUGGCUUCAUUAGAAUGGGUGAAAGAUCCUGAUGAGGACAUGCAACAGGCCUGGGAAAGAAAACUUGUGGCUCUCAAGCAAGAACUAGGAGAAAAAAGACACCUUUGGACCCAGAAACUGCAGCUUUUGGAAAAAUGCAAGGAGUCCUUGGACAAGGAUUUCAUUCGAGUGGCAGGGAACCUGAGGAGAACCAAGACAGAACAACUUCACCUGAGGAAAGAGCUCUCUGCUAGGCAGCACCAGAUAGAAACUGCCAAACAGCUACAAGAAGAAGCUGCUGGCCAGGCAGAAGCCCUGCAUUUGGAGCUGCAGAAAGCCACCAAGCACGCGGAGGAUCAAGUUGAAGCGUUUCACUCUGCUCGUGAGGAAGCAGCAUCCUUGAAGAGCAAGUUGGAGGAAGCCAUUUCUGAGCAGCAGAAGCUCAGGGAUGUGAAUGCAGCUUUAGCAAGCACUUGCCAGUUGCUUCAGGAGAAGGUGGAAGACCACAAAAGCAUGCACUUUGCAUAUAUCCUCAGCAAACAUGUGUGCGUUGCAAGCAACUCCAUGUGA